CUCCUCCCCUUUUUUAUAGUACAUACUCACUCCGGACCUCACUCCAUUCGCACGGACGCGAGGGAGAGCCACGGCGCCGCACCGACGGCGCGGAGGACAGUGCUGGGGGGCGGCGGCGGCGGCGAUGGGGCUGCUGUCGAACCGGGUGGAGCGGUCGGAGAUCAGGCCCGGCGACCACAUCUACACCUGGAGGGCCGUCUACGCCUACUCCCACCACGGUAUUUAUGUUGGAGGAAGCAAAGUGGUCCAUUUUACACGAAAGAAGGAAGUUGAAUCUUCAGAUUCAUCAAACUCCAUCUCUGGCCUGAUCUCACGGGCUUCAUCAGAGUGCCCAACAUUCCCAGACUGUGGUUUUCAGCUGGACGAUAGUGGUGUCGUACUCACCUGCUUGGAUUGCUUCCUUGGCAAUGGCUCCCUCUACUGCUUUGAGUAUGGAGUGCCACCAGCAAUUUUCCUUGCAAAAUUUCGUGGGGGAACCUGCACCAUUGCCCAAUCCGACCCAUCAGAGGCUGUGGUUCGGAGAGCUAUGCACUUGCUUCAAAAUGGGUUUGGCAACUACGACAUAUUCGAGAAGAAUUGCGAGGACUUUGCACUCUACUGCAAGACUGGACUUGUACCUGUGGAUGAACCAGGCAUUGGGGUGAGCGGGCAAGCAUCUUCCGCCAUUGGCGUGCCACUGGCAGCUCUUCUGUCCACCCCAUUCAAGAUUUUCGCUGCCGGUCCGCUGGGAAUGGCCACCGUCACAGCCGGGAUGUACUGUGCCGGUAGAUACAUCACCGACAUAGGAGUAAGAAAGGAUGUGGCCAAAGUGGAGGUGGAAAACCUGCCAUCGCACCUCGGUUUCCGCCGUGUGGAAGAUGCGGAAUCGGUGAACAGAAGCUCAGACAAGGUGACGAAGCUGCUCCCGUUGAAGAGAAAGCGUGAGAGGUGAGCUUGGCGGUACAGUUUGGGGGAGUAUGAACCUCCCUGCGCUUCGUCGGCGAUAGUUGGUGCAGACCUGUGGAUAAUAUCGAAUCUAUGCUUCAGUAUAUUAUAAGCUUGAUAUAUAUAGAUAAUAAUGUAGCUGUGAAACGUGCUCUCAUGUUGAGUGCGCACUUCACAUGAUGAACUGAACUACUCUCUGAACUGGUUGUGUGAAUGAAAUUCAACAGUUUGUUCAGUAAA